AUGGGUUUACUGUACGACGAUGCUGUUAUAAUUAGGCAAUCUGAGAGAGGCGAGGAGCCGAGUGUAAUAACGGUAAAUUGUCCCGACAAGACUGGCUUAGGUUGUGAUCUUUGCCGCAUAAUUCUGUUCUUCGGCCUCACCCUUGUCAGAACUGAUGUAUCAACUGAUGGAAAAUGGUGCUACAUAGUGUUCUGGGUCCAAAGCAAGCCGGGUACUCGAUGGGGUUUACUGAAAAAGAGAUUGAUGGAGGCGUGCCCGAGUUGUUCUUUUGCCUCUGGAAUAUUGUACAGUAGGGACGAGUUGAGCCUCCCCAAGCCUCCCAAUGUUUUUCUCUUGAAAUUAUGCUCCCAUGACCGGAAAGGCCUUUUGCACGAUGUGACUAAGGUCCUUUGUGAGCUUGAGCUGACUAUAAAGAGAGUCAAGGUAUCCACCACUCCAGAUGGCAAAGUCAUGGAUCUUUUCUUCAUAAACGAUACGAGGGAACUUUUACACACAAAGCAGAGAAAGGAAGACACUUAUGACCACUUAAGAGCCGUUCUCGGACCCGCUUUGAUCACCUGCGACAUAGAAUUGGUGGGGCCCGAAAUCGCCGCUUGCUCCCAACAGCAGCCCUUCUUUCUUUCCUUAAACACCACUUUCAGCCCAGACGUGUUCGGUGGGCCCCAUCACAAUGGCCCAUCAUCAUCCAUCACGAUGGACAACCUUUUGAGCCCGUCUCACACUCUCGUCCAGAUUGCUUGCUGGGCCCCCCACAAGGGCCUCCUUUACGAUGUCAUGCGGACUUUAAAAGAUUAUAACAUUCAGAUUUCUUACGGGCGGUUCACUACUAAGGGGCAAAAAAGGGAUUAUUGCGCGGAGAUGGACCUUUUUAUCAUGCAAGCGGACGGGAAGAAGAUUGUGGAUCCCGCCAAGCAGGAUGCUUUGAAAUGCCGCCUUCAGAUGGAAAUCGAUCGUCCGUUUAGGGUUUCGUUGACGGGCCGAGGGCCCGACACCGAGCUACUAGUCGCGAACCCCGUAGAGCUGUCGGGAGAGGGCCGUCCCCUGGUUUUUUACGAUAUUACCCUCGCGCUCAAGAUGCUUGAUCAACCAAUAUUUUCGGCUGAAAUCGGGAGGUACAUGAUUGGAGAUCGGGAAUGGGAGCUUUACCGCGUUCUACUCGAUGAAGGUGACUAUAGCAAAGUUUCGAGGAAAAAGAUAGAGGAGACUGUUUGGAAGAUGUUAAUGGGGUGGGACUAA